UCUCCGAAGUUAUUGUUUGAUGAUUCUAUGAUUUUUUUAGUUCAUUAAUUCUUCCUAUUUGUGAUUUAUUUCUUAUAAUUUGAUUGCAAAAUUUGGAUUGCCUGCUAUUUCAUCUACUCAAGUCACUUUUUCUGUAAUAGACUAUCGAGACUAUGCAUAUUGAUGAGGGUCAUUGUUGCUUGUUUGUUGAACUACAUCUUUUAAUUUGUGAUUUUAGUUAUUUGUGUUUUUGGGUUUCGUUUCUAGUUUUCUCCACAUGUCGGUUUUGGCUUAAUUGAUGACUUGUUCUAUUGUGGAGGCCAUUGUUGUUCGUUCUAUGCCCCUGCAUCUUCAAAUUUGCAAUUUCUGUUAUUUUUAGUUUUCGUUCCCUAAACCCUAAACCCUAAAGAUUAAUUGGUCUUCGCUUUGAUUAUGGCUCUGUGUGAAAACCUAUGAAAUUUAAGAUUGGUGCGUUUCUUAGUUUUCACUUCUCAUUGUUUUGUUUCAGUAAGGGAGUCCUGCAAUUAUAAUUGGGACAGGUGUUCUAUUGUUUUGAUACUCAAUUUAUUGGCAUUACACCAGUGGAAUAAUUUCUUCUAUUUUUCUGGCAAUGGGUUUGGCUUGAUUGGGAAAGGGGGCUAACAUUUGGGAACUUAUGGCAAGUAGAGGUGCUUCACUUUGUGCUUACCAAUUUGAUCUGUUAUGUGUUCUUUGAUUUCUGUUUGGGAUUGAGUUUUUAGGAAAACGAGAUAUUCCUUCAUACCUGAGUGGGGUGUAGAAUUCACAUCAAUCCAAUUUGGAUGUCCUUAGUUUCAAUUUUUUGGAAUUUGAUUAUAAAAAGACAUUUGUCCCAAGUUCCUAAAGACUGUAAUUUAUCUGUCUCUCUAGGGCACCGAAAAUCAAAAGAAGCUCCUUAUGGUUUUAUGCAAAUUGGUGGAAAUAUUAAGAGCUAGUUGAGUGGAUGGUCCUUCAUAAAAGGACAGUUUCUUCGUGGUUUCUUAGUUGUUUGAAUGUUUUCUCUCUCUAUCUAUAACUAUAUUGUUGCUCUAUCUAUGUGGUUGACUGUUAUAUGUUUAAAUGAUCAUAUUCUCUCUCAGUUAACCUUCUCCUUAAAAAAAAGGAAAAAAAAAAAAAGGAUCAUGUUCCCUCUUUCUCUAAAGUUUGAAUGUGUAAGCACAUUAGCAAGUGGAAUUGUUGCCUUUGGCCAUGUGAAACAUAAUUAUAUUAUUCAAAUAAUAUUUUUUUUCAUUUUCUUCCUUUUUUUUUUUAACGAGGUAAUUGAAGGGGGUAUAGGGGUUCUGCAGGUCAAAUGGAUUCAUUAUGGCCUUCUACAAAGGCUGUUCUGGCUCAUGCUCAUCGACCUCUAAUCAAGGAUAGAAAGAGGGGAAUAAUAGAUGCUAGAGGAAUGGUUCCCAAUGAUGAAAGAAAAGAGAGGAGGAUACCUUUUGAGGGAUGUAUCUUCUUGCCAUCCCAAUAUGAGAGCACCAAAAUUUGAUGAUUCUUUAUCAUGGAGAAACAGAAAGGUGCCAAAUAUGUCCAUUGAAGAUACAAAGCUUGCCUCAGCAGCUAACAAGCAUGAUGGUGCUAGUUUGGUUAGGAAUCAAGUAUGUAGCACAAACCAGUGGCCUGCUAAGGUAUUGCAGCAAUGUAUGAAAGGGAAGCAUGAAGAGGCAGAAAGGCUUUUGAAAGAAUCGAAGACCACCCUUGCCGCAUUGAAUCCAGAGCACAAUGCUGUCAUGCAGGGUAAUUCCACUAGACAUAGUUCUGGGGAAUUUUAUGCUCGAAAGAAAAGGGAGGAGGACGCCAACAUGCAUCUUGGCCAAGAGAAUAGUUCAGCAUAAACAAUACACAGCAUAGGAAGAGGCAGAUGAUGAGUUUGAUUUUGAUAAAGCGCCAAGAAAGAAGCAAAAGCAAAAAGGAAAAUCUGCAUUAAAGCAAAAAAUAACAGAGAAUACCACUUUCCAGCAGCGAUUAGUGACCCAACAAGAGCGCUGCCACUUCUACUUUGAGAUUCCCAAUAGACCAAAACAUCUUGUCUUAUUCAUUGCUAAUUUCACAUACUUGAUGCUACCACAAUAGUAACCUGUUGUUCAAGGACAUUGUUGUAUUUUGCCAAUGCAGGUAAGUUGGUCAUGUUUAUCUC